AUGCUGUUGACCGCCUCUCGCAGUCGCCACAAUGCCGCGUUGGGGAACCCAGGAACCCACCAUCAUCACUUGAACAGUUCCUCCCAUCAUGGUUCGGAAGGGUCCGGCGAUAACAAGUAUAGCAAGCGAGUCAUGGACAAGUCCACAUCGUGUGCCGCUCGUCUGCAGUGUUGGAGCUGGAUGAUUUGUGGAAUCAUUUGUUCCUUCUUGUCCAUUGACUAUGCCAUGCGAGCAUUUGAUCCUGCCGUUACUGGUAUUGGGGGAAGCAGUAGUGCUGCAGCAGCUGUACUAGUGGAUUCCGCGGCAGAUUCCAUUUUGACUCCUCUGAUACACACCAAUUUGAUGGCCACCACUCCCACUAAAAAUAUCCGGCCCAAAUCGCUCGAUGAUGGAUAUCGCUUUGACAAUCUGGCAUACGUCAAGCCGGAUCCCAAACGACACGCCAUUUUGAUUCCGUACCGUGAUCGAUCCUUUCAUUUGGCCAUGUUUUUGGAAUACAUGGGUCCCUACUUGAAUGCCCAUUUCCCGCAUGCCCACUUUACACUCUGGGUCAUUGAACAAGACGACCAAGAACUAUUCAAUCGAGCAUGGUUGGCCAAUGUCGGACUCCGCGAAAUCGUCAAACAGGAUCCCACCACCAGUUGUGUUGUUUUUCACGACGUCGAUCUCGUACCCAACAUGACCAGUCAUGUCCCCUACACUACGUGCCAAUAUCCCACACAGUUGGGCAGUGAAUUGCAAAAUUUCAAUUGGACGGUCCCCUAUCCAGCCUAUUGUGGCGGGAUUACGUCGCUCUCGCUCAAACACUGGCAACUCAUUAAUGGAUUGGGCAAUGACUUUAUUGGAUGGGGUGGAGAAGACGACGAUCUCUAUCAUCGGUUAAGACAGAACGGGUUGCUGUAUCAACCAGAAGACAAGAAUGCCGCACCCUAUCCCCGCCGUCCUCCCAAAGGACGAGGCGUCUUUCGAACCAUUUCGCAAAAAGCAGAACAUCAUGAACAAAAGAAAACACACAGCAAUUACUGGAAGACACUGGAAUUACUCAAGGAAAUGCACGAAAACUCGGAUCGAUGGAAAUUUGAUGGUAUGAGUGAUGCUUACUAUACAAUUACCAACACCAAACAGACACAUCCCGAACUAGGCUUUGCAGUGGUCAAUCACAUCAAGGCCAUUCCUCAAAAAUUUCGAGAUGGAACCGUCAAAUACCACGAAAAUUCCGAUGGAACCACACUCGCACCGACAGAUGCUCCACUGGCACCCUUGGAAUUUGUACAUGUCCCCUACACGGGAGGACAAGCCAUUACCAAGGCAGCUGCCAAGGCCAAUAUUGUUUGGGGAGCAUGUCAUUAUGGACAAUUUGCAGAAUGGAAUUGUCCACCCGGCAUUUCUGGGGAUCAUCAGUAUGCCAACAUGCAAUUCAAGGCCAGUUAUCGACAGGCACUCAAACCAUGGUUGAUCCCAUUGAUGCGGUUUAUCGAAAAUCCACUGGAGGGAACCAAACGAUUCACGGUCGUACGACAUCCCUACAGUCGCGCCAUUUCGUUUUAUCGGUACAUGUACGAUGCCCAACAUGGAUACCCACAUGGAUUCAAGUAUCAUGAUAUGGUAGAAGAUCGCAACCAUCCACCCGAAGCCGUUGCCACGUAUUUGCGCAAACGAGAGCAUCCCCAGAAACUCAAUGAAUUCUUGCAGGAUUUCUUGAUCCGAGCGCAUCACCCGCAUCGACCCGAUGGAAUUGAGCUCAUUCCGCAAGUCAACUUUGUCUACCAUCGGGGGAUCAAGUACGUGCAUCAUGUCUUGCAUUAUGAGUUCUUGCAACGCGAUUUCAAGAACAUUUUGGAAAAGUAUCAAAUGGUGGAUGCCAUUGAUUUGCCACCACCGGAACGCAAACGCAAGCGCAAGAAACAAGUCGUCAAGAAAUACGAAGAAAAGCGCGUGCCACAACCCACAUGGAUGACGGGACAAACCUUUCUGUCGCCACUCUACAAACUACUGGGACUCCAAGACAGUCGACCCGUGUUUGUGGACAUGUCCCUCACAGAAAUAGAAGACGAGUAUCUGCUGGGAGCGCAAGAUUUAGAGGAUGUCACCAUUGCCAUGCUGAAUGCGCACUUUGAAUUGGACUUUCGAAAGUUCCACUAUGCCAAAAUCAAGGUCAAUGCGACUACGGAUGCUUUCUGGAAUCCCAUUCAAGUCAUUCCACGAGAUUCAGGAGUGGCCAAACAGCAAAACGAUCGCAAUGCCAUGCUCAACAAACAAAAAGGAGGUGGGGCAUCACCACCUGCUGAUCCGCCCAAACCAGCGCAGACUCCCAAAGAAGCCGAACGUACUGAGCAGGUGGCCAAUUUGAUCCGAACAGGGAAAAAGGAGGGAACAGGACAUCAUGAAGAGUCCAAGGAAGAAGAAGGAGCUAGUGACAAGGCCAAAAAAGGGUCCAAAAAGGGAGACGGAGAUGACUUGAAGGAACGAAAGAAGCCGAUUGAGGAGCGCCUGAAAGCCCGAAGUGAAGAUGCUUCCAUAAAGUCAGUUGCGGGCGGGGGCAGAGUGGAUAGAGAGGGCAAUCCGAAGAAAACCAAGGAAAAGCCAAAGGUUUCGAAAGCAAUGUUGAACAUGAGAGAGAUAGCCCAGAAACUGCGCGAGAAGGACAGUCCAGAGGUUUAA